CAUCAAUGGAGAAAACCAAAAAAGCCUGGACUGAAGACCAAGAAAUCUCUAUCUUGACUGCAAUGAUCCAAUUCUCCGCACAAGGUUUGAAUCCUUCAGCCUACUUGACUGAUUUCUAUGCAUUCAUAAAACGAACACAAAGUGGCGUUGAUUUUUCUCAAAAUGAGUUGCAGAAGAAACUGAUGGAAAUGAGGAACAAUUACAAAGAGACUUUGAUUAAGUCACCGGCUGAGAUUGUUUCAGUUUCUGAUGAUACCCAUCAGAAGAGAAUAUUGAAUUUGUCGAAACAAAUAUGGGGUGGUUUAGUGAGUGCUCAAGUAACAAGUGAAACUUGCUUGAAAGAAAUGAGGAAAUUUUAUGAAAAGAAUGUGAGGCUGGGUGGAGUGAAAGUGAUGAAGAAGAAGGAUAAAAAAAAGUAUGAAAUGAAGUUGAGGGAGAUUGAAAGAAUGGAGAUGAAGCUGAACCUAAAGAGAGCGGAGAUUGUCAAGAGCCAGACGAAGUUUUUGUUGGAGGCUUACGAUGAAAUCAUGAGAUGAAAUUAAUUUAGUUAAGAGAAAAGUCUCACCAUUGCAUUGCAUUGCA